UAGAAUUGACAUGUCACUGCAUCAGUUCGGUACUUCCUAGUUAUAUUUAUAUUUGACAAUCCGUAGUGUUGUGAUGCGAGAGUUGAGUGAGACAGGAUGCUGUGUUGUGUAUGAGGCUCGACGCGUCGCACUGCGGUAGAAUUGUGUACAGUGACAGAGUAAAAAUUGAGGGAUCAAAGAAACAAGAUGACUACAAAAGGGUCGGCUGUGGCGAUGAUCGGAGCAAACCUGCGGUACGGCAGCAGUUCCCCCGGGAACCUCACAAACUCCACGCGGAACUUCCAGUGUCACCCGGGGGGAGAGACCGAGGCGACCAUCAUCUUCAUCCUUGGAGGUCUGGGCAUGUCGGCCAACCUGGCUCUUAUGAUGCUCAUACUCGCCAAGAAACAGCUGCGCAGAUGGUCGCAAGGAUUGCUCUUUCACCAGGCGAUGGUGGACUGUGCCCGAGCCGCCAUCUUGAUUCCUCUUGCCGUCUCUAUCAUGCGCUGUGAACCUAUCAAAAAGUGUUCCCUACUCGAAACUGCCUUUUUAUUACUCGUUACCGUAUCUACAGUGAACAUGUUGACGACGGUGCUGAACGACUCCCCGGUGUUCCCGGAUGGUGACGAAGAGGAAGACGACCUCUCGGCACCUCUACUGAUGGACUCCCCGCAGUGCGUGCUCUUCGGGACGUUCAUGAUCUGGUUCGCAAGCAUCACAAUCAACCUAGGGCCAACAUUUCUCUCAGGGGCGUUGGCUGCCAACUCCGAAGGCAUGCACAACCUCCCGUCAUGUCCUCUAGUGCACGGUCCCUUUAGACACUACGUGCUAAACGUACUGUGGAUCUUCAUAAACGUCAUUUGUGUCCUGCUCACGCUCUUUCACCUGCACAAAUUGCACAGAGAUUUGACGAAGGCCAAUGUGGAGGCAGUGAGAGUAGCGGGGUUGGUAACGACCCUAGUUAGUGUAACAGGAGGUGGGGGUAUGCCAGAGCUACCCUCAGGGUUCGUCAACUCCAGACAAGGCACAAAUGGAGCCAUACCAAGGCCGCCUGCAGAGGAGCACCGUCGCAUGGAGCACUAUCUCAGGCGUAUGGAGCGAGAGGGUGUUCAAAGAGUGAAGAUGUUCCUAGUCAUCAUAGCAGCUUACAUGUUGUUCUGGGGACCUCUCUUCUUAGUAACACUGCUCCAACAUCCAAUACUAGGAUAUCCGCUGGGUUAUGAGAUCACGUUGCACGUCGCCUACGUGCACGCGUUCGUCAACCCCUCGCUGUUCCUCGUGCUCCACCGAGGUCUACGGUCCGCCGCCCUCGACCUGUGCUGCGGCUGCUGUAUCAGCCUGGGCGGCUGGUUAGCGACGCUGAGCCAAGACGACGGUGACGUCACACCUCCAGAUAACCUGCUGCUGCCGCCCCCGCCGCCCAUUGCCGCCCUCAAGCCGCCCCUGGCCCCCGCCAACCCCCCACUACAGCCUGGCCUCACUUUGGGAAACGAGAAUAUGAUGUACAAAGAGGAACCGUGGUCGGGGUCUAUGAAAAAACAUCGGCCCCCGAGCCAAGGGGGCGUCACCCCGGGUACGGCGACCCUCCCUUACAACGGGGGCGGAGCCCUGCCUCGGUUCUCCGACGAGGACUCACAGCAAAGCUGCUCUAGCAGCGAGUGAAGCCUGCGGACCGCUGAAGCACAAGUACAAACUAUCUGCCGAGCGGAGGAAGAACGAAUACGUGUUGUACCUGAGGAUCUUGAGACGCAAGAAGAGGAGAGUGCAGAAGGAUUUGGACAAGGAGUCGGAGUCAGGGGAAGACCUGCAGUUGACAGACGAUGUGGAAAUUGUGGGUAAACUGGAAUAAACUUGGAGUCCUAGGUUUGAGUGAAGAUAGUGAACACAUGUAUACUAACACCAACUGAUCAGAUGUUUGUUGAAGCUAUACCAUGACGCGAUUUCUCAGUCAAAUAAGUUUAGCAAAUAAAAAAUAGUGGUGGAUUCGACUCCGUGAUAAAUUUGACCUCUCUGACAAGCGUUAAAUUAAUUAAAAAAUGCCACUGGUGUUGAAAGUAACACAAAAAAAACCAAAAGAAGAAAAUACAUAUAACGCAAGACCAAAACUAAAAACCUGCCGUCUUUCGGUGAUGAAAAUUUGCUUGACGUUAAUUGGAAACAAUGAAAAAAAAUUAUUAAUGUAAAAUGUAAAAUAAAAUAUUUUGGUUAAUUUUUUUUGCUUAACAUAAAAUGAACCAUUUUGUGUAAAAUAUAUACAUAUACUGGUUUUAAAACUACAUAAAUAUGCAUUUUUAAAGGGAAGUAAAAAAACAGGCCAUUUAAACUGUAUGUCUAUAAAAAUCACCAUCAUAGUUUUAGUCUAAAGACUUUUAAUGAUCUAUAACUAAAUUAUAUUUCAGAGUUAACUAUCUUCACUCUGGGCGCGGCGAAAACAAACGGUUCAAAACAAACUAACCAACAAUGAAACAGGGAUUUAAGAAUUAAAGUACAUUUAUUUUUAAUACGAUUUGCUCAUGAGCUUACUGAAUCAUUAAAUUGUUUUGUGUUUCUGUAUUAAAUAGCCACCACCAAUGGAGGUUUUUGUUUUUUAAGUUUGGUGGAUUAAAUUAACAAUGAUGUUUUGGUAAAAAGUUAGAACAGCAUGAUUGUACUUUGGAAUUAUUCUAUGAUUACAAUUCGUGUUCAGAUUUUGGAAAUUGUUUCUUAUAUCGAUAAUAUUUGUACAGUUUGGGCUACACGUCCUUAAACGUGACUAUUUUGCCUGGCCAAAGGGCUUAAAAACUUUAUAUUUUCUGACAACUUACUUUCAGUGGUGCUGGUUGGAGUUAAUAAAGUUCAUGUACACCAACUCACUCACAAUACUAAGAGUACCUUUGAUUUCAAUAAACAAUAUACAGUCUAACAUAGAUUAUACCUAUCGAAAACAAACUCAAGGGCCUAAAAGAAACGGUUUUAAAUCAUAAAAAUACUCAAUAAUGACGUAUUGAUUAGAAAAUGUUAUAGCACACAAUUAAACCCACGUUUCAGUGAUUUAUUCGAUUUUUUACAUUUAUGUGUACGUAUGAUGUAGAAUGUCAAAAUUAAGUGGUUUGAAUAUAACUUUAUUAAUUUGUAAUCACACUUUUUAUAUUGCUUAUGUAUUAAAUUGUAACUAGAUUUACGUGUGUUUCUUAUUUACUGUUUUGUAUUUAAUCAGUGCAAUUUUCAGAAAUGUUUAAAUUUCCA